UGGGGCUGCACUUUCUGCAACAUAAGAAAAACUGCCAAUGGCUACAGGAAAAUAGGUCAAAGGCGUUUUAGGUCCUCUUCUAAAGACAUCAUGUCCCCUUCACUCUUGCAGAAGGAAUGUCAGAACUAGAAAAAACUUUCCUUAGAUUUUCUGCAUAUGGAAAUACAGCUACUCACCGGAACACCAUGUCUGGGAAGAACUUCUACAAGAUGUUGAAGGAAUGUGGUGUGAUGGACGGGAAAGUCGUGACCAGCACUGAUGUGCUCAUUGCCUUCAAUGAAGUCAAGUUUAAGGGGGCCAACCACAUUAACUAUAUUGAGUUUUUGCAAGCCAUUAAAUUGCUGAGCAGAAAGUGCUUUAAGGAACAAUCUCACGAGGAAGCUCUGCAGGCCUUAUUGAAGCUAAUGGAGGGGAAAAACCCAUCCAACCUGGAAGAAUGAGCAAGUGAAGGUUCCUUUGUACCAGGAAAGACAGCCUGAUUUCAAAACUAUACAUUUGAAUUACUUGAGUAAAAA